AAUCGAUUGGUGUAUGUAGUGAAGUAUUUAGUGCAAAUGUGACUAUUUUGUGUCAAAAAGAAGGGCAGAUUGUACGGUAACUGUAAACAUAGACAUUCCCUUUACUUCAUAAAAUCGAAGCGGGCAAAUGAAAAAACUGUGAUUGUUUAAAUUUAUAAAACAAUGGAUAGUACAAUGGAACGCGAAUCAGGAGCAUUAGGAGGACUUUUUCAACAAAUUAUUCAAGAUAUGAAGAAUGGAAUGCCUUUAUGGGAGGAUUUCAUCACGAAGGCUACAAAGCUCCAUUCUUCCCUUAAAGCAACUAUUUUGGCAGUCACAGCUUAUUUGGAUUCCUUUCAAAAGAUUGCCGAUUCAGCGACAAAUACAAGAGGUGCAACUCGAGACAUAGGAACUGCUCUUACUCGAAUAUGUUUGAGGCAUAAAGCAGUUGAAAAUCGACUAAAGAAUUUUACAAGCGUUAUCAUGGAAUGCCUGAUAAUACCAUUACAAGAAAAACUGGAAGAAUGGAAGAAAACCGUCGUGAAUUUGGAUAAGGAUCAUGCAAGAGAUUUCAAACGAGCAAGAUCUGAAUUAAAGAAGCGAUCCACCGAUACGUUGAGGUUGCAGAAAAAAUUAAAGAAAGGUGUAGGGGGCGAUGUUCAAAAGAGAUUUGAAUGUGGACUCCAGGAUGUUACAGAAAGACGUCAGUUAUUGGAAGAGACUGAAAAACAUGCUGUUAGAGCUGUGUUAAUAGAAGAAAGAACUAGAUUUUGCUCUUUCGUGGUUUUGUUAAAACCCGUAGUGGAGGAAGAGAUAGCCAUGCUAAGCGAAAUGGGUCACCUGCAAGAGGCCGUCCAGCAACUGGAAAAACACACAUGCGAUCCUAAAACUCUCCCUCCUGCAUCGGAACAAGUUAUCGCAGAUUUGAAAAGUUCAGACAGCGGAUGGUCUUUCCAGACUCCACCGUCCUCACCUUCAAGUCUCGGCUCAAGAAAAUCUUCGAUGUGUUCUAUAAGUUCAAUCAACAGCUCAUCAUCGGGCAGUUCUAAAAGUCAUCAUUCGCCUAGCCAUCCUUGGCAGAGAUCACUAUCACAGCCUGUAGGUCGUAGUGGUACAAUGCGUGUUAGAUCUGUAUCAAGUCAAGAUUCUGGAUUUAUGUCACAAGAUACACUAUUCCUUAGACCACCAUCGGCGUUUAGUACAGCCCAGAUUUCCAAUAUGUCCGAGCACAGUAACAACAGUAGUAGUUCUAGUACGCCUUGCACUCCUUUUCCACUGACAGCUGCUCCCACAACGACAGCCACCUGGCCCAAUUUACAAGAAACUAUUCAGUUCGAAAGGGCAGCAUCGGCUAUUAUCAACGACAGACCACACACCAUAUCAUCAGCUUAUGAAAAAGGACACCAACGACCUCCUCUAACUGUAUAUACAUUCCAAGCCCCAGAUCAAACUUUAUCUCAACCGGCCAGUCCAGUUACUUCAACGGGACCUACUGACACUACUUCGAAUAUAGUGCCUCCGAAAAGUCCAGGAAUAUCCAUUAAGUCCUUGUCCAAACCACCUUUACCAUUGAGGUGUUCAUCCUUGGAGCGUCCAAGUGGUCCAAAUAUUCCUGCCAAAACUAUUACACAAGGCGUGCGAGUAUUACCUCCUGGGGCUGAAUUGUCGUUAGUAAAGAAACCGUCGCCAUUGCCUUCGCACCUUUCGAAGAAUAGUAGUAAUAUGCAGCCGACAUAUGCUAAUAUGCACGAACUGAUGAGUGCCGCAGCUUCCAAAAAUCCUGAAAAGACGUUCCCACCGCCACCUUCCGAAUUUACUAGUCCACCUGAAAAGACUAAUGAAGGUGAAAAGGAAAGUAGUACCAGUGAGAGUUCUCUAGAAUCUUCCAGUGGAUAUGGCAGUCAGACUGCAUUUAACUUUGAAGAAAUUCACCAUUUAGAAGGUGGAGUAACCCUGCGUAGCACUCUUUUAAGAAGAGGAUCUGUACAAAAUCAGAAACCACCACCGCCCAUAAGACGUACUUCUUCUAUAACAAACACAGCUGCCAUAGGUAGUCUAGAAAAUCUGCCGCCUCCACCGGCAUUUUUGUUAGAGCCAUCAACACAUGCUGCACAGUCUAAGCUACAUCCAAAUCCAGGAAUAAAUGUGGCAGAAACUGUCAAAGCAUUGACAGAACUUAAUCACACACCCGCUAGUCCAGGCUCAAUUAGACGUAUGUCGACAUCUUCCCAAAAUUUAUACCAAACUACUCAGACUCAAUUCAACUCAGGCCCAGUACUCAGCACCUUCCAAAGUCAGUCCAAAUUGUCCUAUGUUUCCCAAUCUGGCGGUGUAGUGUAUGCUCAACCAAUGCAGAUUAUGGGUGGUAGUCCUAAUGCCAUGAGAAGAAUCAAUAAUUUGAGAUCUCAGAGUGCUGACAGAAAGUCAGAAGGGCCAGGUGGAGUUAGUUCCAACUUUAUAGCAUCACUUAGUGCGAAACUGACGCCCCAGCUAAGUCCUAAAUCAUCGAGAAGACUUUCAGAAGACCGAACUCCUACGAAUUCCCCAGUAAAUAAAUAUCAUCAUAAAUCAGGUCCCGGACAAAGCUUUCUGGAUUCCUUGAAUGUCAAGUUGUCGCAGCAACACGGUGUUAAUACUCAGCCGACACAGUUGAAGGCCACUAAAAUUCGACAAAUUAUAAAUAGUAGAGCACAGCCCGAUCCAAAAGUUUGUCACGAAUCUUUGAUGGAUCAGAUAAAAAAAGGAGCCACUCUGAAACGAGCUAAAUCAACCAACGAUCGAUCGGCUCCAAAGAUAUGUUAGUAAAAUUUAGCGUUUUGUAUAUUAUCUAAUAAUGUUAUAUCAUUAUGAUAUCAUUUUAUGUAACCCAACUAUCGGUUAAUGGACAUCUCAAAUCAGCCAAACUUACAAAAAUCACUAUUUUUAGUUGAAGACUCCUUGAGAAAAAAUGACUUAUCGAAAAUUGUUCUCUGAUUUCCUACAAUUGACAGGGAACGACAGCUUGUGACAGUUGACAGUGACAAUUAUACACGACGAAAUAACUGCUAAAAAAUCACUGUUAUUUGUCACUGUUACAGAAAAAAUUAGACUGGUUCAGAAAAUAUGGUAGAUUUUAUCAAUGUUGUCAUGUUUCUUUAAUAAUCUUACUGAGCUGUUAAUUUAAAUGCACGGUUUUUUGGUUCUUGGAAUGUAGAGUGUAACCUAAUGUACCUUUUUUUUGUGAAUUCAUGUGAGCACGUGUAGGCUGCACCACCAUAAUUGAGAGAGAAGAAUUACGCCAUCGAAGUCGUAUAGCAACAGUUAGGUGACCAAAUAACUGUUGUAUUCUGAUGACUUCUUCUGAUUAGUUAACCUAUCUAUCAUCUAUUAGUUAACCUAGUGUGUUAUCAUGAGUUAUCAUAAGUUAAUCUUGUCGAUAUUCCUCCAUUGUUUCUCUUCGAUAAAGUGCCCUUAUCUGCCCAAUGGUUUCCUGAUAGACUUACGAUUCCAUAGGAUUAUAUUUCAGUUUCCACCACAUUCAGUUUUCCUUGUACCAGUAAAUUAGGAAUGUUCCACUUGGCUAUUUAAAACUGUUCCAAAUUUUUAUUUCAGACGCCUUCUGUCCAUAGCGUGCCUGGUCACCUACACCAUCAUGGCCUGUUGUAGCCCAUUUCAAACCAAAAGACUCGGGCUCUGAUUGCUGCCAAUUGCUAAUUGAAUCGCUUGCAAGUUAUUCUUUCGAUUAGUCAUCUAGUCUUCAGAUUAACCUUCCAUGAUAGUUCUUCGGUCGUCGUGAUACAGUGAGGCCCUCUUCCUUCUGCAUCUUAGCACCGCAACCUUUUUAGUGAUACAGCUCCGCUUAAUCCAAAGAUACACUGGUCCAGAAUAAUUUCCUAUGCGUCCUAACUUGGUACCGACCUUAACUGCUGCCCUCCCACCGGUUCCCUCCUGAGAAAUGGAAAGUAGUAGUCUGGCAUAUUCGUGUCUGUAAGAACCUGCUGGAGUUGCUUACUUUGCCUACUUCUUUUCUUCUUCAAGUGCCAUCCCCACGCCUCCCUAUGCUUAUCUUUCCUUGUAUCUUUCCCUGCAUAAUCAAUUGUAGCAGGGUGUAUUUCUCUCCACGUGUAAUAUGUCCGAGAUAUUCUAAUUUUCUUGUUUUUACUGUAUUUAAAAUUUCCAUUUCUUUAUUCAUUUUACCCAGAACUUCCUUGUUUGUGACGUGUUCUGUCCACGAUACUUUCAAUAUUCUUCUGUACACCCACAGCUCGAAUGAUUCCAUUUUUUUCAUUGAUGUUGCAUUCAAGGUCUAAGAUAAGUAUAACCUACAAGAUAUUUUCAGAAAAAACUCAUUAAUGUUACACCUCAUAUUUAAAGAAAGAAUAUAAUUCUGUAAUGAAAAAUAGAUCAGUAAGAUUAUUAAUAGUAAGAGAAAGGAGAAAAAUCUUCAUCGGGUUAAAGAUUUGGGUAAACAUUGAUAUAGUUAACAAAAAUAGCAGAUGGUUCAAUCUUUUGUCGGUGAGCUAAUAUAUACACGAGUGUAUGCAAAUUUUAACACCACUCACAGAAAAUUCACUUUUUGGCAAUAUAAGUUUGGUUUGUUGACAUGGAUUGACCUUAUUAAUGUACUGCUUUUAAAAUUAUGGGGAAUAAAAAACAGUUUAUGGCUUCAUGAUUGUAUAACACCUUGUAAUAGUACUUAUUCAAUACAUACAUUGUUAGUAUUAUGAGAACUAAUUAAAUCAUUUUAUAUUUGACUCAUAAUUUAAAGGUUUGCUUUUUUGGAUCCUGCAGUGGCAUGUUUUAUUGUAUUAUUAGAUACAUGGUGAUUUAUAUGCUAUUUUCAACUUAAAAUUAUUCUUGUGCGAUGUAAUAAUAAUCGUGACUCGUACUUUGUGACUCGCUUUAUACUCUUGAUCAGUUUAUUAAAUGCAUGCAAAUAUUAAAACCCAAGGAUCACAAGUUUCCUACUUUUAAUUUUGUGGUAGAAGGACAGUAUGUGGUCAUUCUGCAAACAUUUUAAAUUUUUCUUCAUUUAAAUAUCCAGUAAUGGAGUAGUGUAAUAUACUAUUUGCUCUCGUUAUUUUCUUUUCUAUCAAUUAUAGGAGUAACUAUAAAAGACAAGAUUACAAACGAAGAUUUAUGAAACAGAACCAGAGUUGCUGAUGUUAUGGAGAGAGCUUGCAGAUUGAAACGAGGAUGAACUGGUACCGUAGCAAGGAUGAAUGAUCGAAGAUGAAUACCCAAUUUACCCGAAUAGAAACCAAGAACAGGUAAACGAAAUAGAGGAAGAUCAUCUCUAUAAUGGCAAGAUGAUCUGCGAAAGAUGACGAAAAAUUGGAUCCAUACUGCACAAGACCGUGUAUACAAACACUGGAGGCAUAUGUCUUGCAGUGGACUUAAAACUAGCUAAUGAUGAUGACUUUGUUUUCUACUUGUGUGUAUAUGUUCCAGUUUUUUUGGCAUUACGUCCUUCUUCUAUGUAUAAAUAAAUUAUCUUCACUAACUCACUCCUAUAGAUUUAAUCCAUCAGUUAUCAAUGCACUUGCGAAAGUACACUUAAGGGAUGAUUAAGUUGUUCGUUAGUUUUUUUCUUUUAUCAUGCUUUUCCUUCAUGUUGAAUAUAUUCAAUGGUUUCGUUCAAUAUAAAAUUUGAUCUAACCAAAUUUAUAGUAAUGCAUUUAUAAAAUAUGUUCAAAUAUUCUCGCCAAUGCAAUAAUUCUUCAUUUUACCAAUUGUUACACGAUACUAACAAUGUAUGACACAAUUUCUCUUAUAUUUGGACUGACAUGGAUGUAGCAAUACGUUUUUAUUAAAGCAGGAUAGAAAUGUGGAAACCUGGCACUGAUAUUAAUUUAUAAUAAAUCCAAAUUUUAUCUACACAUUCUGUAUGCUGUUCUGAAGGAAGUCGCAUUUUUUUAGUAGGAUCACUUUGUAGAGAAGGGGUAAGUGAGCUAUCAUUGAGUAGGUUUUAAAAAUGUGUGUAUAUUCGGACUCUAAAUAGAUAUCAGAAAACAUGAUGUCAAAUGGUGUGAGAUGUAAAUGUAUUAAGAUCCCAUAGGUAACCUAAAGAAGUGAGUUUAAGAGAAUUUUGUUAUAUAAAAAGAACUAAAACUUGAGGCCCUAUUUUUCUUUCUUUAGUUUUCUAAACAUGUAGUCCAUGUCUUCCUCAUCAUUCGCUACGACUACCUGAUCAUUUGCGAAAAAUAAAGUUGUUAGACAAUUACCACUGUCUAUAUCUAUUCCCAUCCACUGCUCUAGCGAUGAUUGAAUAUAUAUUUUAAAUAAGGUCGGAGAUAGACAACAUCCUUGUUUAAGCCCCUUUGUUAUUGCAAAUUAUUCAGAUAUAAAGUUUCCUUCUUUAACGACACUCCUUGCAUUUUUGUAUGUAUUUGCGAUAGUAUCCACAUACUCUCUACUGAGACCUACUUUCGUCAAUGUUUGAAACAGUAUUUUCAAAGGUACCGUAUCGUAUGCCUUUUCUAAAUCUACAAACAAUAGGUGGGUAGAUAGAUUCCUUGCCUUUCGUUUUUCGAUUACCUGCUCCAGAACAAAUAUACCAUUAGUGCACGAUCUUCCUGCACGAAGUCCAUUUUGUUCUUCUAUGUCUUCGUAUUCUGAUUCUAUUCUUUCUUUUAUUAUUCGACCGUACAACCUCCCCACUGAGCUGAUAACAGUUAUUCCCCUAUAAUUAGAUCAUUUGCGUUUAUCCCCUUUCUUGAAUAUUGAGCUGAUGUAUCCAACAUUCCAAUUAUCAGGGAUAUUUUAACCUUUUAAGCAUUUGUCAAACAGUUGAAUCAACAUCUCAUGUAAUAUUUUUGGUCCAUACUUUACCAACUCAUUUGGGAUGUCUCCAGGUCCUGUUGCUUUACCGUUUUUCGAUCUUUUGAGGGCAUCGCUUAACUCUCCGGUUAUUAUUUCAAUUAUUUGUGUAUGUUUGGAUAUUUCUUCCAUUUAUAUCUCUUGGAAUUUACAUCUAUCCUCUGUCAGUAAGACCUCAUAAUGGUGUUUCCACUAUUUUAGAUCUAUUAACUGUAAGUUAGAUUUUUUCCUUUCCUCCGGAGAGACUUUAUCACCUUCCACGCUUACCCAACUCUUGUGGAAGUGUUUUUAUUCAGUUAAUUAUCCUUUUCCUUUCUAAAAAUCUUGUGGUACCAUGUGACCUUGAGAUGGCCUUUUUCUGUUGUAGUAGCCUACUGAAUGUAACUGCUUUUGAGUCCCCAUUAUUGAAGCCAAGCUUCAAUACUGGCGUUUAAUUACUUCUGUAGAGUAAAAUGUUGAGGAGAGCGUCAUAGAAGUAGCGCCACGAACCACGAAAUAGCGGUUCGUGGUUCGCAGUCAAGUAAACAGCUGGAAGAGAUUAUUUACGCAGCGAGAGGAGUUCGUUAUACAACGUUAUACAACGUUUUAUUAAAAUCUAU